AUGAUUCCAACCAUAUUUGCUUACCCAGCCAUCUGCCUCAUCCAAAUCCACACAUCACUCGCUUGGAAAACCAUUGCUCACCGCGGCCUCUCCAGAGAUGCCAGCGACAAAUACGCCCUCGCCGAGAACACCGCCGCAGCAAUGCAACGAGCCGCGGAAUUCGGCCUCCCAGGAGUUGAACUAGACAUACGAUCAACAAGCGAUGGCACGCCAAUCGUCACUCACGAUUACCAUGGUUCCCAGGAGACAAUCAUGGAUGGAUCGGAUGGCUUGUCGAAUCCCAUCGACAUCGCUCUGGCAAAUCAGACUGCGCAGCGACGGAUCAAAUACUCUACACUUCCUUAUUGGUUUUGGAAUCAGAAACCUUUGAAAGUAUAUGGACGAGGUGGGAGGAUUAUUCAAAGCGCCGUGGAGCAGAAAUUGGAGAGUUUGGAGGAUAUGCUUGGACACCUGAGAGAUCUUGGAAAACCUGAUUUUAAAUUGUUUCUUGAUAUUCAAUCACCUCUUGUUUUUCGCACUUCAGCUGCUUUGGUCAAGAAGCACAAGAUGGAAGAUCAAGUUCUCCUAAAAUUCUUCGCCAAGAGAGCCCUCGACUCGAAUAAAUACAACUACACUGGUCCAGAGACCUGUGUACAUAUAGCCCAGCAAGAGGGUUUCCAAGACCUACAAAUCAUCCCACAAUUCAACGAUGGAGAAAUGACUGUUUCCAACGAAGAGGUCUUCAUCGACGUCUUGGACACCAGAUUAUCAAUACCCCAAUACCUCAACUGCUGGCACGUCGCAUCCAACGCUUCAAUCAUUCGUAUGCCCAUGGUCGCUACCAGCGUCCCUCGCUCCAUUCCCUCGAAUACCCCCUUCACCGACGCAGCCGUCCAAGCGCUGACAUGGGCUUCUUCACAUGAUCUCCAACGAAUGGCUAUUGGACCCAAUCCUUCCGUGGGUCGAUUUAUAGGCUCGACAUGUACAUAUUAUAAAUUCGCAGCCGGGAAAUUGAAAGCCAAAGUCUUUGAUCGUGCUGCGCAGAAUGCGAAAUUGUAUUUCGCUCGCAGGAUGUUGCGGGAAGAGGAUUUCUUGGUCGGGGAUGCUAUGGGUGAUGUGGAGAAUCGGAGAUGGAGUACGGAGUUUGAGUUCUUUGCGAAGUACCUGUGUUAG